GGGCCGCCGAGAUGGUGGCGAUCGCGGCGGAAACACGGUGCUGCGGAUUGGAGGCCCUGCGUGGAGCCAGGGCUGACGUGAUUGACGAAGACGUGGCAAGGCUGAUAGCCAGACUGCGGGCUAACGUCAACGCAAGGACCGCCACCAAGUCCAAGGCGGCCGAGGGUAAGAAGCUGGUCGCCGCCCUGGAGCCCGUAGCCACGAGACUGGCGAUGGGGAGCCCCUUGCUGGGGGCGACGGGCAUGCACCAGGUGCUGUGGUCCUUCGUGGAGGCAGGUGUCAAGGGCACCCAGGCGGCCAGAGUGAGACGCGUGGCGGGGGACGAGAGCGGCUGGCCGAGGCUGGCCGACAAGAGCUGGGCCCAUGCCAUCGGCGAAGAGGUGGACGUGAACGUGUUCGACUGGAUGAUGCGCUGCGGGCUAGGGCUACUGGCAGCCGGUGCGGCCACCGUGGCCUUGGCAGAAGCGGGACGGACCCGCGUGUGGGGGGGCCUUUCCUUCCUGGUGGGCUGCGUGGUGCGUGUGCGGACGCUACCCCGACACAGUGCUUCGUGGUGGUCCAAGUGGCGACGACGUCGCGCCUAUGCUGGUGCCUGCGACAGCGGUGGCGAUGGCCUGGAGUCGUAUUUCACCGAGGACGUGGCGGAGGCCGAGGACCCAGGCACAGCGACCACCAGCGUGGUCCCCGCCGCUAGGCCAAGCCCGACGGGGGGAGCAGCCUCCCCCCCAGCGGCGCUGCACGCCCCUCCGUGGAGCCCCGUUGUAGAGGCCGCAGGGCCGUGGGGGGCUGCCGAGAAGCCGGGUGCGCAGGCCCUCGCGGCGUUGAGGGCGUUCGGGACGAGCCAGUCGGUGGAGGGCCCCUUCAGCCAGACGGCCGCGGCCCAGAUGGCCCCUCCAGCAGUGGGGGGAUUGGCCGCCCCUGGCGCCAUUGGGGUCGGGGGUGGGGCCAGUGGGCCGCGCGCGAUUUUCGCGCCAAGGGGCGCAGUGGAGCUGGGCAUGCAGGCGAACGUGGUGCGAGCUACGCUGACGGAGCUAAAGUCUCGGUCGACUACCGACGUGUACUGGGCUUGGUAUUUCUUGGAGAGGAUCCACGCGGUGUGCUGCUCCUAUGGCUUGCAUCCCGACCUCCGCCGCCUGCUGCAGUGCCACGGUUACGCGGGGGCUGGCACCGAGAGCCUGCUAGGUACCUCGCUGCCGCAGGAGCUGGAGAGCCUGCUGGCCUUCCCGACGCCCGGCCGCGGCAGCGGGCUUGCAAGGGGGCCGCGGUGGUCGCGGGCGCCGCCCGCCGCCGCUCGGCGGGAAGAGUCGAGGUGGAACCUGAGCUUGCCCCCCGACCUGAGGCGCGCCGCAGCGUGGACCGACCUGUGGACAGCGGCUGCAGAUAUUGACUAUUUGCUGGGAGCCUGCCGCUCACAGACCGAGGUGCUCGCGCGCUUGGCGUCGGGCGACGCGCUGGGGCUGCACUUGCGACGGCUGGCCAGCUGCGUCUACGAGAUGCGGACGAAGGACAGAGUGGGCGCGGCGGCCAUGCUGGCCGUGCGACCGCCGGGGUCGUCAACUGACCUGGCGUCGACGCGGCUCGCGACGGAGGCCUCGGCGCGCGGGCCGAGCACCGGCGGGGCAAGCGCGUGGCCGCCUCGGGGAAGCGAGAAGGUCGCGAAGUCGGUCGAGGCGGAGGUUUCAGUGGGAGCAGUGGCGGCAGUGUCGACCAGGCAGCAGACGGCCGCGGCAGGACCUUCUCCCCCGUACCUCUGCCAGAUCGACCUCUUCAGCAUCG